CGCCGUUAAGACAGAAACGCGAAGGGAGAGCAACAGAGCUACCUUUUUAAUAGACAAUCCGGACACGCGGGAGUAAAACAUGAUCAAGAAAAUGUCUCCGUCUGACAGCGACUUUGACAUCCCGGCUAAGAACUGCUACAGGAUGGUGAUUUUGGGCUCCACCAAAGUUGGGAAAACGGCGAUCGUGUCCCGGUUCCUGAACGGGAGGUUUGAGGAGCAGUACACGCCGACCAUCGAAGACUUUCACAGGAAACUGUACAACAUCAAAGGCGACGUUUACCAACUGGACAUACUGGAUACAUCAGGGAAUCACCCUUUCCCCGCCAUGAGGAGACUCUCUAUACUGACAGGAGACGUGUUUAUUCUCGUCUUCAGCCUGGACAACCGCGAGUCCUUCCAGGAGGUGCAGCGGCUCAAGAAGCAGAUCUACGAGACCAAGUCGUGCCUUAAAAACAAAAUCAAGGAGAACAUCGACGUGCCUCUGGUGAUCUGCGGAAACAAGGGCGACCGGGAGUUCCACAGGGAGGUGCAGCAGGAGGAGAUCGAGCAGCUGGUGGCGGGCGACGACCAGUGCGCCUACUUCGAGAUCUCGGCCAAGCGCAACGAGAACGUGGACAAGAUGUUUCAGACUCUGUUUACUCUGGCCAAACUACCUCACGAAAUGAGCCCCGACCUGCACAGGAAGGUGUCCGUGCAGUACUGCGACAUGCUCCACAGGAAGUCGCUGAAGCACAAGAAGCUGAAGGACAUCGGGGAGGCAUACGGCGUGGUGACCCCGUGCGCGCGGAGACCCAGCGUGCACAGCGACCUCAUGUACAUUAAAGAGAAGGCCAUCGGAGGCGGCCACGGGAAGGAUAAAGAGAGGUGCGUGAUCAGCUAAGAGGGGGGCGCGUGGCUCAGACUCGAGACCAAAACGUCUUUUAAAAAAAUAUAUACACGAAGGAGCCCUGGCGCGUGCAGAGCGGCCGGCUGCUGCUCUGACGUAAGAGCGGAGCUUUGAAACGGGCCGCCGCCGCUGCCGCGCGCUCGCUCGCACGCGGGGCAGCGUUUCCGCGGACACUGACCGGACAUCCGAAACCCGCUCUGAAAAUCCAUCCACCCAACGAGCCGUGUGAGAAUGUUAGCUUGUUCUGUCAGUCAGAGCCUAAUCUGUGACGUGGCUUCAUAACUUUGUGAGACUCGCGCUUCGAUGCGUGAAAUGUGCUUUGUUGACCUCGCCUUCGACCGGCCGCCGGAGACUGAUGCGGCUCAGGGGGGGCGCAAUGUUAGCGGAGAGAACGCUGUUUACACUUUACUGUAGGUUGUAGAAAGGCUAAGUACACUUGAAUGUUUACCCUGAACCUGGACUCUUUUAUAUCGUUGAAUGUAUUAUUUAUUGUUGAUGUCGAUUGUCUUUUGCAAUGAAGUCAAAGAAAAAUGGAAAAAAAAGAAAAAAGAAAAAAACGAAUAAAGAAACAUAAAAUCGAA